UUAGGACCAAGUAUUACUUAUAGGGUUAUUCUCUCAAAACCUGCCCUGCCGUUAGAGUUUAGGCGAGGUCGGGGAAAACCGUUCUAGAACCACACCCAACCACGCGGUUGCUGGUAGUUCAACAAGAGCGUGUUUGCAAAAUCUUGUUUUCCCGUCAAAAUAAUGCUUCUGGUUCAACUUCCGCUUCAGCGGCAGCUUAUGCUCGACUGCCGUGGCUUCGUACCCUUGGCCACGCCGCCACUCUCAAAACCUCCGCUUAGUUCACUGUCCUGGAAGAUUCCCUUUUAUUCCGCUCCUACUUCUUCGUCUUCUUGCUGCCUCACGCCCAAAAUUUCACUUCCACUUCGAACUACCCGGUCUCGUGUCUUCUACAAUUUGAAGGAUUCAGAUAUUACAUCAAAGCUGGAGUUUGGGAACCCCAUUGAGAAGAAUAAACCAGAGAAGCGUGUGAAUGGAAUUUUCUGGAUUCUACUCAUAAACCUCGGGAUAUUCGUUGCAGAUCACAUUUUCCAGGUUCAGGGCAUUAAAACAUUGUAUUUAUACCAUAAUCAUCCUUCUUGGUACCAGUUUGUGACUGCCACAUUCUGUCAUUUUAACUGGAACCAUUUAUCAAGCAACCUCUUCUUCUUGUAUAUUUUUGGAAAACUCGUCGAAGAGGAAGAAGGAAACCUUGCAUUAUGGUUUUCUUAUCUGUUAACUGGGGCUGGGGCAAACCUUGUUUCAUGGCUAGUUCUUCCUAGAAAUGCAGUUUCUAUUGGGGCAUCUGGUGCUGUGUAUGGACUGUUCGCAAUUAGUGUACUUGUUAAGAUUUCUUGGGACUGGAGGAGGAUUCUUGAAACCCUUAUCUUGGGUCAGUUUGUUAUGGAAAGGGUGAUGGAAGCUGCCCAAGCUUCAACAAUAUUGCCAGGCAGUUUUAGUGGAAGUUAUGCCCUACAGAGCAUAAAUCACAUUGCACACCUAUCAGGUGCAUUAAUUGGUGUAGCUUUAAUAUGGCUUCUAAGUCGAAUACCUUCACAACCAUCUGAAACAAACAAGGAGAAGAACAUGUGCUGACUAUUUCUUAAAGGCUGGCUUUGCAUAGAUGGGUAUGAUGCUUGUUGACUCCUGCAUUUCUCAUCCCUUGCUGUCUCCCUCAUUUCAUAAAUUCUGGAUCAGUAAUGCUCAUUGCUCAAUAUCGGGAUUCGGGACAGGCAAAGACAUUACUAAUAUGAAUAUCAUGUUGAAAACCAUGGAUCCAUAGCAGUCAGGUCUUUUCCUUUUUGAUGUGGAGUUGUAGUGCUCACCAAUGUCUAGGAGCUUUUCAAUCCAUCUGCACGCUUAGCAACCAACCAGAAAUCUUAGUUGGAUUGAUUCAUGUGAGAAUCAGAGAUUUCCGUGGACAUGAAUAGAUGGAUCUAAAUAUAAAAUAUCGUUUUUGAAUGUAAAAUAAUGAAUGUUAUUUAAAAGUUUGUACACUAGAUUAUUUUUGCCACCUCAUUUGAAUCUUUGAAUGUUAGAGACUCAGUGCAUAAGCGAUGUUUAAACUUAUUUAAAGGAAAAAUUGAGAAUAAAACCCC